AGCAGACCUAUCAGGGAGCCUCCGCAAACUAUGCGAAAGAAAUGGAGCGGCUCUCGGCGAAAGAAUCUCUUCUCCUCGCCUUUAAGGAUGCUGGGGGCUUUGAAUCAUUAAUCAGUGGGAAGGCUACAGAAAUACAACGAAUCGAUGUUAAUGAGAGGAUUGUUGGCCUUGAGCGAUUAAAUCCAACUCCUCGUCCCACCACAUCACCUUUUCUAGAAGGACGAUGGAAUUUUGAAUGGUUUGGUGCUGGUAGCCCUGGAUUGCGUGCUGCGAAAUUCUUGUUUGAAAGGUCUCCUUCAGCACUAGCCAAUUUGGUAGGAUUGGAUAUGCUGCUCAAAGAUGGAUAUGCGAAAGUCACUGCAAAUUUGAAGUUUCUUAAUUCAAUAGAAGGUAAGUUCCUCCUUACUUCCAAAUGUUCUGUAGAGGGACCUACACGCAUGAAAGAAGAAUAUACUGAAGGGCUCGUUGAACCACCUACAGUAAGUGAACAGGCUAUUCCAGAGCAACUAAAGCGGGCAUUCGGACAAGCAAGUAAUACACUACAACAACUCCCAGCUCCUAUAAAGGAUGCCUUUGCCAAUGGGCUGAAAGUUCCACUUGGUGGAGCUUUUCAAAGAUUGAUCAUGAUUUCAUAUUUGGAUGAAGAAAUAUUGGUCGUGAGGGAUUCUUUUGGGGCUCCUGAGGUUCUCACAAGGCUAGAAGGUCCUCCACCUGUUAACUCGGAGUCUGUCAUCACAGAGUAUGAAUAUGAAAGCUAAAAACUGACGGUGACUAUGGAGUAGUUUCCUCCAAAAAAAAAAAAAUAAAAUAAAUAGAAGUUCAAAGCUAUAUAAUCUGCUUUGAUCUGAAGAAAAUAAACGAUGUCUUCUUAUAUAUAAUAAAUAUUCUAUGGCGUUUUCGGUCA